CCCUGGAGUAAGGCACAGUCUCUACAACAAAGCCAAGGUUACUAAGAAAAUACCAAAGCUUAGUUUAGAUACUAGAUCACAGACUCCAACAGCAAGGAUGGGCCAAGAAUCUUCAAGCAGUGAAGAGAAUAUGAUGUCUGUUUCUGAAUUCGAUGACAAAGACAAGGGUAAGAUAAUGAAGAUAUUGGGUAAUGCAAAUUCAGUCCUUCAAUUGAAUGGAGAUAAUGAGAGAAAAAGAAAGAGGCAGAUAUUUGUAUUUUACUACAGGAAAGGUAAGAGACCCACAAUAAACCAGCCAAUUGAGGAUGACGAGGAUUAUGUGGAUGAGGAUGAUGAAGAAAUUAACGAUGAAGGGGAAGGAGAAGGAGAAGAAGGAGAAGGAGAUGGAGAAGAGGAAGAGGAAGAAGGAGAUGGAGAAGAAGAAGAAGGAGAAGAAGAAGAUUAUGAUGAAGAAGCAGAUGAUGAAGAUGAAGGAGAAGAAGAUGGAGAAGGAGAAAGAGGAGGAGAUUAUGAUGAAGAAGAAGAAGAUGAAGAUGAUGAAGGAGAAGAAGGAGAAGGAGAUUAUGAUGAAGAAGACAAUGAAGAUGAUGAAGGAGAAGGAGAAGAUUAUGAUGAAGAAGAAGACGAUGAUGAAGGAGAAGAAGAUGGAAAAAGAGAAGGAGAAGAAGAUGAUGAAGAUGAUGAAGGAGAAGGAUCAGGAGAAGAAGAAGAUGAUGAUGUUGAAGAAGAAGAUGAAGAUGAAGGAGUAGGAGAAGAGGGAGAAGAAGUUGAAGGAGGAGAAGGAGAAGGAGAAGAAGAAGAGGAAGGGGAAGGUGAAGAAGAAGAGGAAGGGGAAGGUGAAGAAGAAGAGGAAGGGGAAGGGGAAGAAGAAGAAGGAGAAGGAGAUGGAGGAGAAGGAGAAGGAGAAGGAGAAAGAAGGAGAAGGAGGAGGAGGAGGAGAAGGAGAAGAAGGUGAAGGAGAAGAAGGAGAAGGAGAAGAAGGAGAAGAAGGAGAAGGAGAAGGAGAAGUAGAUGAUGAAGAAGAAGAGAGUUCUACCAUAAGUGAUGCCCAGGGUCUACCUGAAGAGGAAGACCUUUAAGUAUGUGUUGCCUCUCUAGAGAAAAUCCUUGAGAAUUGGUCAUUAUGUAUGUAUCAAAACCUAAAUGUGUCCUUGAAUAAAUACUAGUACGUGUAUAAAGGAAA